AUGUAUGAGGACUGCUCUAUACCCGGCACGUUUUUUUGGAAACCCCGUUUGGGUCUCGACUUAGCCGUUCCUACAACAGAGUUUAAGAUGAAUGUAAAUUUACGAACAAGAGAAAAUAUAGAAGAAGGCUUAGUUGUUCUCAUUGACGGAUAUCAAAUGGGCCUUUCUGUUAUAAGUAUUGCUUCUGGAGCAUCCAACAUGAAUGCACAAACCCCACAUUUUGAUCCAACAUCAGCAGCUUUCACCACCAAUUUUUACAGAUGGGCGCUAAGAUAUUUUAGCAGUAUUCCUUAUUGGAUUGGAGGAAAAGGAGGCAACUUCUGCGAUACCCUCAAACUCUGGCGCAGGAGAUUCUAUUAUAUGGAUGAACAGGUACCAUCUUGGUUAAGAACACUUCUAUUCUACAUAAAAAAAGAAGACUGGGAAAGAGAGGAUUUGGACUUAAAGCGAUUCAAAAAGUACUCAGAAUCAGCAUUCGGUAGACAUUUCCGAAAUCCAAGUAAAAAUUUUAAUAACUUUAAAUCUCAAGAAACCGUCGAAACUAUGGAACAAAAACAACACAGUUCCUCGCUCAUCCUCUAAACCUCAACAAGGAAAAAAGGUGCAGCUGCACCUCUCUUCCCUGAUAUCCUAAAAGAAGCAAAAAGCGUUGAAAAUAUUGAUCGCUCUUCCAUGGACGACGUGGACGGUAGAGCGAUCGUUUAGCAGCCUCUGCAGGCUAAAAACCUGGCCAUAAUGAGAGUGCACCAAAGACUUAUUCAUGGAAACCUACAAGAUUUUAAUAAUAAUGCAAUCGAGAAGUUUACAAUGGAUCCCCGAAAAUUAUGUUUUUAUUGACCUAAAAUGAUAAAAAAAAUACGUUUUACAGUUAUUCAAAUUCAAACUCCUUUUUAUUAUAUUUUUCUAAUAAAUGUUAUUAUAACUUAUUUACAAGUUUUUUAUUGCACAGUCAAGAGCUGUCCCAGAAUAUAUCGGGUGUGUCGUUCACUAUCACAUUAAAUGAAAUCCUUUAAUAUACUGGUUAAUAUAUGUCUAAUCGACAUAGAAUGUCUAAUCGACACAAAGAAAAAAAAUACUUAAAAAUAAAUAAAUGUAUUUUUGAAACAAAGUAAAUAGAAUAAAAAUGUGCGAAAAUUAUAAAACCAACUGAAAUUCUCCCUUGAAAACUGACACCUCUGAACUGAUCAAAACAUUCAAUACUCCUUACUUUAUCUCUACUUUACACAUGAUGUUGUAUAUUAUUAAAACGAAAAAUGACUCUUGUGGUUAAACCACUAAAUGAAUUAGGUUAUUUUUUACAGUUCGCCAUAGAAUAUCAUAAAAUAUAU